AUGUCUGAGGAGUCUAAGUGGGGGAAAUUAAGUGGUAUCGAUCAAGACACCGUGUGCGUCUCAUUAAACAGUGGAAGUAGAAAUGAGAGGAAAUGUUACAGGAUCGCUCUGUUCUCUUUCAAGAGAGGAAACUCGGAUUUGAAGAAUGAACUACCAGGAAGACUAGCCACUAUCGUAAAUAACGGUGAAUUGACAGAGAUUCUGGAACCUGAUCAGUAUCAAACUUUCCAAGAAAUUACCGUGAUUUGA